AACUUACUUAUUGAUGUAUUUGGGUUUUCACGCAUUAAAAGCUUUUCUUCCAUUUUGGCAGGAUUUCUGACUCGGAGAACAAACCUGCAUGGUUAAUUUGGGCAACUAGAGGGAAUAACAAAUGUGUUUAUCUUCCUUUCAUGUAACCCUGUCAGAAUGAAUUUGAGGAUGUUGUCAACAGAAACAACUUAGACAAACUUUGAAGUACACAUACCUAUGCUAAAAGAACUUAUGAGGACUUUAAAGGUCAUCAGAGGCACCUUAAAAUAGUGUUGCCUUAAUGGCAACCUAUUUCAGAAGAUGUCUUUUUGGGUGUCUGUUUAUUGUACCACAUCCUCUUUUCCAACUAAUUUGAGCUGUGAAAUUGUGGAAUAUUUUAGCCACAAGGGUAAUUUUGGAAAUACAGGAACAAUUUGUAUUUGUGCAAGCAUAGAGCUUUUUUACAUAUAUUUAACUUUGUGGUUUUCAGGGUUGUGAAAGUUUCUCCUCACCCUUACUGCUGCUUACCACACAUUAGUCACCCAAAAAACGGAACAACUUCAAGCGAUUUAGAAGUCCAUUAAAUACUAACAACCUUAAUAGUUAUUGUAUAGGGUUCCUAUUCACUCUAUAUUAAAGAUAUAUCUAAAGAAUUGAAUUUGAUGGAAUCUGAAUUGGUGUUUGAUUAUUUUCUGUAAAUGUUCGAAUGAGUUGCCUCUAUGAAUGAUGUUCAGCUGUUCUUCUGAAGGUCAGUAGUUAUAUGGAUGAAAUAGAGGACAGUUCACUGAGGAUUAACACAGACCUCCCCUCUGAUUCAGUUUCUUUCAGUGUUUAUGCAACUCUAUAAGAUGACCCGUAUAAGACUAUAACUCUAUAAGACUAUAAGUUGACCUGAUACUUAUUCAGUAAAUGUACCUUUCUAUUCCAACUGAACACACAUUAAAAACAAAUAUCAGUUGCCAGCAGGGGGCAGCAGCACAUCAUGUGUUUUUAGUUGUCUGGGAAAUAAUCAUGUUUGCCCAUCAACCACUGAAUUAAAAUGGGGGGGAGAUUAAGCUUACUUCAAUAUGGUGUUGUAUCUGGCACGUAUGCCCCCAAAAAAUAUUACUAAAUCUUGUAAAUGUCCAUGUAUUGAUAAAUAAUCAACUUUUUAUUGAACCUAGACAAAUGUCCUCAGUGGUGUAAAUCCUCAUUGCGUGACCCUUAUGUAAAUCAUUAGGUGUUGGUGAGCAUGCAUAUAUAGGCAUUUCUUUGGAAAAGAUUGAUGUGUUUGUUUGCUUGUUUAUGGUUCACCACAGUAUUCCCAUGAGUUCAGCUAUCUCUUUUUGAAAGAAUGUGGUCACGCUGGCCACACAUUAAACAGAUUGCAGCACACAUUCAAUCAACAUACAGACAAGACUAAUGGCAAAUAGGGAGACAUUUGGAAUGAAAUGCCUGCAGUGGUCUGAUCAGUGGCCUUCCUUUUAAGUGAUAACUUUUAAGUGACCCUCUUUGUGCUUGACAUAUCGCGGGGGUUUCUGUGACAGUAACUAAAAGGUAACUAAGUGAGCCAUGGGGAAGGUACUGGCAUGUCCUAGAGUAACCUCUGCUUGGUUGGUUGUUCCUUGUGGGAGGGCUGAUCUUCUGAUGUCAUAAUUUCAGAUCAGGCUGUUCUCCCAGGGCCAAUCAACAGCCAGAUAACUUGGUGGGCAGGGCUCAUUGUUACUUUCUCAGAAAUGGAUUGAUGGGAGGAACCGCCUCAUCAUCUGUGAUAUACUGUGACACGUGCUUGGGUCUUUACAUAGUGUGAGGCUCCAGUGUGAUCUUUAAUAAUCCACCUCAUUCUGUUUUGUGGUGCAUCAUUGCAGUUUCUGGUGGGAGACCCUGUGCUUGACUUGGCGCUGGUCCAGUUGACCCCGCAGAGCUCAAAUAUAAAGGCAUUCACUUUGAAAACUUUGGCUUUCUGAGGGGCGUUUAGUCCGUGUUUAAUAACAUCAGCAUGACUUUGGCCGAGGCUCAGAAUGCAAUCACAAGCAAAGCCACAGUUUCAGGCCUGAAAAAAGAACCCUCACAAGUGAAGCAAUGCUUGAGGUAUGCUUUGUUAGCAAUAUUAAUGUUACCCCCUUGUUCACGCAUGUGGUCUGUUCCCUGCAAGUCUGGCGUGUCUGAAUAUGUCUGUGAACUCCAGUGGUAGGUUCGAGCCUGAGCAGGUAGCUAACAUUCCUGUGUGGAUGUUUCAGGUGAGAAGCUAAGCCAAGAGAGAAAAAUAACCAUGAGGAUAGCAUGGCUGGUGACAUUCUGAAUAUUAUACAGUCCUGGGUGCUUAUGUUACUGAUAUACUUCAGUGGACACAAUGCAGGAGCUACAGGUACCAUUGGUCAGUUCAUAAAAUACUACGAGGGGCUGACUUAUGACCGCCAAGCUUUACAUCAGAGUCACCAGCGAGUGAAGCGUGAAGUGCUGUCUCACAAUCAGCAGCUACAGUUAAACUUCACUGCUUUCCGACGGGACUUCCGCUUGCUCCUCAGUCAAGACUCAGAGGGAUUUGCUGAUAACUUCAAAGUUGAUCUGGGGAGCAGAGACAGAGCUGUGGAUCUCUCUCAUGUGUUUUCAGGAAAGCUGGAAGAUGAGGACCAGUCCUCCUGUCACGGCUCUAUUCUCCAGGGCCUGUUCCAGGGCUCCAUCACGACCGCAAAUGGAACCUACCACGUGGAGCCUCUGCACAGUUACACAACGAAUACGUCUGACUUCCACUCCAUCAUCUACCAUGAAGACGACAUAGAUAUGUCUGCCCUGGGGAACAGAGUUAAUGGGCUCUGUGGGUCAGACCUCAUGGCGCACCUUGCCAGAAGCCUCAGACUGGAGGAGGAAGGGCAGGAAGAACCGCUGAUGAGGUCCAGGAGAACAACCGAUGAUUCCAAAACCACCUGUCUGCUUCACCUGCAAGCGGACUUUUUGUACUACCGGAAGUUUGGUAGCGUGGAGGCUGUCGUGGCACAGGUAGCCUCCUAUAUGAGAGCAGUGAAUGAUGUUUUUGACAAGGCAGACUUUGAUGGCGUCAAGUUGAUCAACUUCAAAGUGAAAUCCCUCAGUGUGAUGACAAAGGAGGAGCCGGGCAACCCUAUGAAUCGACCGUUCAUUGGCCCAGAAAAACUGCUUAGUCUCUAUUCAGAGACAAACUGGGGAAACUACUGCUUGUCAUACCUGCUGACCAACCGCGACUACAGUGGAGUGCUGGGCCUUGCAUGGGAGGGGAAGACAGGUAACUGGGGAGGGAUAUGCUCCAGGCACACCCCCCUGAGGGACGGCCGCAGCUCCAGCCUCAACACGGGCCUGAUCACCCUGCAGAACUACGGCCACUAUCUACCCCCGAGGCAGAUCCAGCUCACCUUUGCCCAUGAACUGGGACACAGUUUGGGAGCUCCAGUGAGUCUAAUGCCUCCUUUUAUUUCCUAAGCAGCCACCCCCUGUCCACCACCUCCUCAUGCCCACUGCAUAAAGAACAGUCAGUUCAGUCUGUGUGGGUGUGUUUGUGCGAGGGGGGGAGGGACACCUCCUUAUCUCAGGGGGGUGGGAGUUGCCCAAAGCAAUGUUCAUACACACAGGCAAGAUUUCCAUGUGAAAAGUCUGCCGUUAGAACAGUGCUCGCCCUGUGGCCUUGUUCUCAAUACAUGGAUCUAAUACUGUCUUUUGUUGCUAUUCAGAUUGUACCAAUUCAUGUGUCUUCGGACCACCCGGCAGAAUCCCUUUGCCUUCCCUUGCACCAUCAUGCAUAUUUUUUUAAAUAAAAAUAUUACUUACUUUUCUACCCACCCCGCUUAUGUAAAAGUGCCAUAGAAGUGAGAAUGACCUCAUGAAAAGGGCAGACAGGUCUGCAUGCCCUUGGCACAAGUGCUGUCACUCAUUAUAAAACCACACCUCUUGUACUACCCACCACAAACCAGCUCACACCACUCACAGAUGACCUCUCAUCCACUGACACCACAGCUGGCCACCUUUCCUUAUGAAUGAUGGCCACCCCUCCACAGGAUGUGGGGUUGCAUUCCUGAGCCAAUUAGUUCUGCUGUCUGUCUGUCUCUGUCUCUCUUUUUUUUCUCCCCCCCACCCUCUCGCUAUAUAAAUUAAGUCACUUUUUGGCUGACUCAAGCAAGCCUGAAUGACCUGACAGACACUCCUUCAUUGUUUCCAGAUUGACUAUGGAAUCAUGUGGAGAUCAAAGAAAAAGGCUUCACCUGAGAUUUAUGUGGCCUCAGCCCAUAGUCUGCAGCCUAUUUGAGCCUAUCAGACGAGACCUUGGGGGGAGACUUUACCGUUUUAUCCUGAGUGUCACGAAGGGAGCAACCUUUAAAUCCUCUUUUGUGUCACUUGCUGGGUUGUUGUUUUGGUAAAAACAGUUGCUAGGGAUAGGCCACCCCAUAUGCCCUAGACAAAAGACAAAGGCGUCCAUGAAGAUGUGAUAGAUGAGUUGCUAUCUCUGCCCCAGUUGACGUCAGUUAAUGAUGGGAUUGGAAACAUUUUAUCCAAGGCCCAGGGACACUGAUAUCCAUUUGGAAGUCAUGUCUGAGGUGAUCUGAAAGUUAUGUCUAUCAAAAGUCUAUCGGUUGUUUUAAAUAUACAUUAGAUAUACCCAGUUCAAUUCAGAAUAACCUGUGCAGCGCAGGAAGUGCUAACUGGGUCUCAGAGGUUUAGGAACACAUCGCCCGAGGUCAGACUCUCAGUCGUUAGCCCUGUAAUAAGCCCAGGGUAUAAAUCAAGUAGAAGAACUGCACUAAAAAACAAUGUAGCAGAACUUACCCCUGCUGAACUCCUCUUUUCAUGGGGAGAAAGAGAAACAGAUCAACCUCACUGUUGGACA